ACACGCGAUCAAUCAACAACAUUGGAAACUGCUACAGUACCAACGACAACAACUGGGUCACCGACAUCAUCGACGUCUCAUUCAAACAUUCGAUCACUCUAUGCUGGUGGCAUAUCUGGUGUUGUCUCACGUACUCUGACUGCACCCUUGGAGCGACUAAAGAUACUCAAUCAAGCACAACCAUUGUUGAACAAUGGAACCAAAUACAAUAAUAUAGGUUCAGGCCUAAUGACUAUAUGGCGCGAAGAAGGAAUACGUGGACUAUUCAAAGGCAAUGGAACCAAUGUACUCAAGGCAGGCCCUCACUCGGCCAUUCGAUUCUACUCCUACGAGUACUUUAAACAUAUUGGCGAUCAACCAUUAUCAUCAAUAACAAGAACACAACAACUUUGGGCUGGCGCAUGCGCUGGUGUCACAUCUGUCACAUUUACAUAUCCUCUUGAGGUCGUCAAGACAAAGAUGACCUUGCAGUUUGGCGAGACUCCUCGAUAUAGUAGCAUAAUGCAUUGUGUACAGUCGACCGUGCAGCAAGAGGGCGUGCGCGGCUUGUUCAGAGGCCUGAGCGCAGGCAUACUCAACAUCGCGCCAUUCUCUGCGCUCAACUUUGCCUCGUACGAAUGGUUCAAGUCGAUGGGCAACAAACUGUAUAUGAACACACCACCCGUCUACCUCUCAACGGUUUACGGCGCACUGAGUGGCGCGUACGCCAUGACGAUACUAUACCCCCUGGACGUGAUCAAGCGACGCAUCAUGCUACAGGGCUACAAUGGCAGCACGGUGGUCUACCGCAACUUUGCCCACUGCGCCUACAAGAUCGCCACGGACGAGGGUGUGCGCGCGCUCUACCACGGCAUCAAACCGGCCUACGCCAAGGUGAUCCCCACCGUCAGUCUCAACUUCUUUGUGUACGAAGCUGCUCUGCUGCUGUUCCCCAGUGCCAAGGAGAGUGGCGGCGCC